GUCGGUCGAUCGAGGAAAAAUAGUCACUGCUCCUAUGUCUCAGCGGUACCCUUGCCCCAGGAACCACUACUAAUCAAAGGCCCCUGUGACCUACCGCUUCUCCUUAGAGUUUCCCUUGAUGGUGGUGGUGACCGGACCCAGAGUGACUUCGGGGGCUGCGCUACGUACCUCUCACCCGAUACGAUAAAAGAUAUUAUUGAAGCUCGGACUCGGUAUGAGAGAAUCAGAGAGUGCCCCCUUCCCUCGAAUGCUGCAUUGGAGGGAGUUCUUCCACUGCCGAGUCCAGUUCAGGUAGCCAUUCGUUCAUGCUUCGCCUGUAAGGUUCCUGAUAGCUGGUUGACAACCAGCGGGGAAUUGCUGUAUACUAGG